UCGGCGAGCCGGGCGGGAGCAGCGGGAUGGCGGCGGCGGCGGGCGAGGCGCGCCGGGUGCUGGUGUACGGCGGCAGGGGCGCGCUGGGCUCCCGAUGCGUGCAGGCGUUCCGGGCCCGCAGCUGGUGGGUUGCCAGCAUUGAUGUGGUGGAGAAUGAAGAGGCCAGUGCUAGCGUGGUGGUUAAAAUGACAGACUCAUUUACCGAGCAGGCUGACCAGGUGACUGCUGAGGUCGGAAAGCUCUUGGGUGAAGAGAAGGUGGAUGCGAUCCUUUGUGUGGCCGGAGGCUGGGCUGGGGGCAACGCCAAAUCCAAGUCUCUCUUUAAAAACUGUGACCUGAUGUGGAAGCAGAGCAUGUGGACAUCAACCAUCUCCAGCCACUUGGCCACCAAGCACCUCAAGGAAGGAGGCAUCCUAACCUUGGCUGGUGCCAAGGCUGCCCUGGAUGGGACUCCUGGGAUGAUCGGCUACGGCAUGGCCAAGGGUGCUGUUCAUCAGCUCUGCCAGAGCCUCGCCGGGAAGAACAGCGGCAUGCCUUCUGGCUCUGCGGCCAUCGCCGUACUCCCGGUUACCCUGGACACCCCGAUGAACAGGAAAUCCAUGCCCGAGGCCGACUUCAGUUCCUGGACCCCCUUGGAGUUCCUGGUUGAAACCUUCCAUGACUGGAUCACAGGGAAGAACCGGCCGAGUUCAGGAAGCCUAAUCCAGGUGGUAACCACGGAGGGGAAGACGGAGCUUACCCCCGCAUAUUUUUAAGCUUCAUCUCAGUGCCUGUUAGGGACCUGCCAGAAGAGUCGUUUAUCUCAGUGUGACUGUGUCUGGUCCUGUGUUUCCUGUAAUCUUGUUUGUGGUACGAGAUAGUGAAUCCUGUUUUUCCUCUCUCCUCAUGUGCAUUUGUUCUCCUCGGACAGUGUAAAAUGUUUAUGGUAAAUAAAAAUGUGUGAGGGUGGAGGCCCGCGGAGAGCACCAUUGGUCUGUGUUAGCUGUGUAAGUUUGGGAGGUCUUGAAUGGGCCCCUCUUGUAUCUGUCAUCUCGAAUUGCAUUUGAGACAGGGAUUCUCUGUUCCUGACAGUGCCUGUUGUCUAAUUCAGAGAUUUGUUGAUGAUUGGGGAUGUCUGGGGGUCUGAGUUAUUGAAUGUUAUGUUUAUGUCACGGACCUAGUUUUUGGAGCCUCGAAUGGAACUGCCUUAAAAGUGGUAUUUUGUGGUAUAAGCAAAAUCCUGUGGACUCCGUGAAGAUAUCUUUUCCUGUGCAGUUGCCAAAAGUGCAACAGAACUACUUGUGAUUACUUAGUUUAUCUUCCUAAUAAACACACUUAAUUUAU